AUGAAGGGACUAAAGCUAAAGCUGUAUCGAUAUCCAAGCGUCAUGCUUCUGCUCACACACUGGACAUUUAUCCCUAAAACAGGCCGAAUCUUCACCAUGGGUAUACGGAACCUUUAAGAAGAAAAGGUGCAGUCGCUAUAUUCCUUGUAAAAAGAAACCAGACCGGUGAGUAAUUAAUGAUAAAAAACGAUACUUUGUAGAUUCUAUAGUUGUUUACAAGAAUUACACAUGAGUGUUGCCAAAGAACAACAAAUGGACCAAGAAAACAGACUUUCAUGAUAUGGGCUGCCUCAUUUAUGUAUCAGUGGAUUACUCUGAAUCAGGAAUAACUCUUGGGAAUAGCCAAAUUCAGAAAAAACAAUUGAUAUUAUGCAACGAUUGAUAUAAAUUGUCCGCAUGCCAUGGUGUUUUUUCCACCGGGAUUAAAAAGCUACGUACCAAAUAAAAAGAACUAUUAAUAAUACACGGUACGAUGUGAAAGUAGUGCUGAAAAGGUUUGGUUUGAAUAACUGAGACUCAAAAGUUAGAACCGUGUGUACUAAAUAAAUUAUAGUACAUUGUGGAAUUACUUCUCAAAAGAUUUCAUUUAAGUGGUACCAUAGCAUUAUGACCAAUAUUCAUGUCCGUAAAUAUACUGAAAGAGAAUAGGCGAAACAUUUGACUUCUAAAUGUUAAAAACAAGUUAAGCAGGCUAGAAGAAACUGAAACAUAAUCAGCAAAAAUGACAUCAUGAUUUAACGAUGAUAAUUUUUUUUAUAUUUUUAGUUGCGGUUGUGGUCGUUCAAAGGUCUCCCAUGGUAACGAAAUAACAGGUGGACCAACGAAUAGAUUAACAGAACCUGGACAGGCAAGUAGAACUGAGUCAAAUGUCGCUUGUAUGAGGGUACCAGUCUCUCUUCUCCGCAGUGGUUACCGCAGUAAAAAUAUAAGCGCGGAGGGAGGUGGGGAGGGGGUGGGGGGAAGAGAGCUCUCCUUCCCCUUCCCAUCGUCCCUUACGCGAUUUCUUUUUCCCUCUCCCCAGCCUCGCCGUGACACAAACAGGACUAUACGGAGGAGAGAGGGCCACGAGUUCAAUUUUUGCAAUUGUUUGGGUGUAUAGUAUUAGUUCUGAUGUGUUUCAUGGUUGUUCUAACAAUCAAUCAGGAAACUAGCGCCAUUGAAUGGAAAGUAUCCGAGCACACAGAAAUAGACGGACCGACGGAUGCUUUCGGCCAACUUGAAUUUACAGGAGCUGGACAAGCAAGUAGAGCUAAGGUAAGCUUAGACUUAAUUCCAUGUCUAUCACGCUAACACAAGGCAAAUAUAAAUAUGGAGGCUGUUUUUAUUUCUCAUUAUGUACACUGAUCAUUGGCGGAUUUUGGACUUAAAUUUAUACCCUACCGUAGUAAAAUGGAGGAUAAGUUGUACACUUUAGGGUUUGGGCUCGACAGAGAUUAGGGAGCUUAAGCAUGAACAUUUUGACCGAGCUACGGACGUCAUUGUUCCUACACUUCUUCCUCUUCGUCUGCUUUAGUAUUUACGUCAAUACAAGAUUUGUCCGUGACAUUUUACCGUUGAACCCGAUAAAUAUGGACGACACCAUGGUAUUUCCCCUUGGCCGUCCGUAUUAACCAGGUUCCCGCGUGACUGUUUUUGAGGACGAUCCGAUAUGUUUUUGUGACUGCAAUUGUAACUCUGUAAAGCUUCAACAAACUCGCUUCAGAUUGAUGAAAUCUUAUGUUCGCUAGUUCUUAUCAUGGUUUUGUUUUUUUUUUGGGUAGUUCAUUCGCAUUUCUGAUGACACUGAUCCUGAGGAUAUUCUGCGCCUUUUACAAGGGGAAUGGAAGUUAGAAUCACCCAAACUUGUCAUCUCUGUUACUGGUGGAGCAAAAAACUUUGUCAUGCAUCCAAAAUUAAAGGAUUUGUUUCGACAGGGAUUGUUGAAGGUGCUUAAUUGUGUAAAGUAAAUCAUCAAUACACAUAAUCAUUGCUGGAAAUGUCAUGAUAAAAUAGUGUUUAGAUUCAGACUGCUAUUCAAGUCUGAAAGUAAGACAAUGUUUACACUAUGGCGGAUAGCUUUACCUGACGCCACGAAAAGCUUUCCAGUAUAGUGUGAACAUAUCCUUAAUUAGUAAAAUCCAGCAAGUGGUCUAUUAUCAGUGCUGCGUUCUGAUUGGUUGAGCUACUACUGGGCUAUAUGUUAUAGCCUACUAGUAGCGAAAAGGGCCGGAUUUUUGGCGGCAAAAAAGGAUUAAUGUCUUGCUUUAAGUUGUUUUGUCUCGAUAUUUUUGACCAACUAGUUGGAUUUUACUAAGACAAUUAUUCCUCUCGCCCCCAUGGCCUCUGAGUCAAUAGUCCAUUCGACCUUCGGCCUCAUGGGCUAUUGACUCAGAGCCCAUUCGGGCUCAAGGAAUAAUUGUUAAAGAUAUCAGUCCGAAGGGUGCCCGAACAUAAAAAAGAGAAAAUUUAAGAAGAAGGAGAAGAGGCUUCUUUUCUAAACUACUACAAAUUGACCUCUAAAAUAUUACAAAAAGAAAUAAAAGGAAAAGGAUCACUAAAGAGGACUUCGUUUGAAUGAGCCAUAAUGAGCCAUAAGAUUUCAUCUUAAGACUCAAAAGUUAUAACUUAACGUGCUAAACAAAUAGUACCAGACUGCAAAAUUAUAACUAGAAAUACAUACUGGAUAAAUAGUACUAUGUGUAAGUACUACUAAAGAAGUAUCAUUUGAAUGGUCAAUGCACUGGAUCUGGUCUGCAGACUCAAACGUUAGAGCUACAUACUAAGUGAAUAGCACCAUAUGAAAGUACCUGCUAAAGAAGUUGCAUUUGAAUGGUCACCCCAUAGGAUUUCAUUUACAUAGUCAAAAGUUUACCCUGGGUGCCAGAGGCUUUUCAUGCGCGGUUUUCGGUUUCGGUCAAGUCUUAAAAAGUGACCCGCGGGUGACCCUUCGCCGCUCGUGUCAGUUCGGCCUUCGGCCGAACACAAGUCGGCCUAUGCGACCGACAAAACGAAGCUCCCUGUCGCACGCGAGAAAAAACCUCUGGUACCCAGGGUAUCAAAAGUUAGAACUUCAUACUAAAUAACUAGUACCACGUGAAAGUACUGCUGAAGAGGUUUCAUUUGAAUGGUCACACCAUAAGAUUUUAUCCACAGACUCAAAACCUAGAUCUACAGUCCAAGUUAAUACAAACUUGAAUGAUAUAUGAAUUUUAUAAAAUUGAACUGCUAAACUACGGGGUGAAGAAAUGAAUGAAGAAAUCAUCACAGUAAAUACGCAACUUAGGGAAAUUUCAUUUAAUAUGACAAGGGGGGCGGGGGGGAUGAAGAUAUUGAGGGGGGCUCCGAAAAUUUUUAGACACCCGAAGGGGGGGCUCUGAAAAAAUUGUUGCGCUAGGAGGGGGGGGCUCCGAAAAUUUGUAUACUUCAAAACCAACACAUGACAUCAUCAUACAGAUCGGAUGGUUUUCAACUCAACAAUUUAAUGACCUGUGCAACUCAGCUAUAUCACGUGGUUUACAGAUAUAACAAAUGUAAUCUCAGUAAUUAUUACACUCUUGUUCAUCCUAAAAAUGCUUUAGAAAAUUUUAUCACAACUGUAUCUCAAGUUUGUCAUAGUAUAAACCAUUGAAGACAAUAACGGUAAAUAUAUUUGAUACAGUCUAGCGAUCUUUUUUCAGGGGAGCAAAGGAAUUGAAGGAGGAGGGGGAGGGGGGGGCUCUGGAAUUUUUUCGACUACCAAGGAGGGGGCUCCUAAAAAAUUGAACCGCUAGCGAGGGGGGCUGCUAAAAUUUCAAGCUUCGAGUUUCAAUAUCUUCAUCCCCCCCUUACCCUUGUCAUAUUAAAUGAACUUUCCCUUACUAUGUAGUUGCGAAAAGAAAGCAUAAUUAAAUUCAGGCUUGACCUUAAGUAGUCUUCUCUUCAUAUAUUUCUUUACCAGGCAGUUGAAUUAUGGGAAACUUAAUAUUUUUAUCAUAUAACUAGCUCCUAGUUGGUUUGAUAGCUUAAUUGGUUAGAGUACUGCACCGGUAACGCAUCCCGGGUUCCAAUCCCGGCAAGCCUGAACUUUUUCACCGUUUCUUCUGUGAUGAUCUUCUCUGAAUUAAUUUAAUAUACUCGAACUUCCCCUAGCCUUUUCCAGGCUCUCCGUUAGUGGGGAUGACGGAUAAGUAAAAGGCAAGCGAAAUUGUGAGCGCGUAAUCUGGGAAAAGGGGGCGGUGGCUGAAAAAAGGAAUGGAGAGAGAGGAAGGGAGACGACCUUCUUUUCUCAACUUUCCUCCCGUUUUAUUUUCGUGUUUGCGCUUUCUCAAUUUCUUGGCCCCGACUAACCCAGCGCCUGGAACAAGUUAAACCUCCCCGAGCAACCAUUCAAAAUUAGAGGAUUUCUUGGUCUCUUAUGAAAAAGGCAGAGAAUCUAUCGGAAACAAUUUACUUUUCAAAGUUGUCACAGAAAGUUCUUCGUGUACUCUGGGUAGCGUAGUAUCUACAGUGGACAAAAAAACGCCGCAACAUUCAUCAAGUGGUCGCUUACAAGAGGUGAAAAACAAUAGAAAACUAUAAGACUGUCAGACCAAAGAGUGGUCGAGGAGGCUUAUAGGAGGUGAUCGUUUACGAGAGUUCUAACUAUAGAGCUUUCACGCGGGGAAAAUUUCGGUGUUUUGACUUCGAAUACAUGUACACAAAGUAAAGAAAAAUAAGCGUAGAAAGGCUGCAUCCAUAUUAAUAACUUCCUAAACUUAACUGUUAACCUCUCUUCAAAAUUUUUUGCACAGGCAGCCACGACCACUGGUGCAUGGAUUAUAACAGGGGGAAUAAACACUGGCGUAAUGCGUCACGUAGGAGAGGCAGUAAAGGGUCAUACUGUAAUGUCACGAGGGGCAAUGCUCACAGAUAAAACGCCUCAGGUGCACUUGAUCGGAAUCGUUCCAUGGGGCAUUGUGGAGCACAGGUCUGAGUUGACUGGAACGGUAAGAAGCAUUUUAAAAGGCACUUAGUAGCGCACACGAGGAAGAUAUUAUGUUCGCCUGUCUCUUGAGCGUGGAACAACAACAACAAGUAGUCUUUAAAUAGGAAACAGACUUUACAAUAGUGAGAGGCCCUGUGAAAGAAAAAAAAAGUUAAAUAAAUAAAUAAAUAAUGGUAAUAAAAGAAACAACUGGGAAACUAAAAACAUAAAUUGAAGCUAGCUGGUCUAAACUAUCCUGAAUUUCCGACAGGUCCAAGAAUAAUAAAGUGGAAGUAUGCAUGACCGCGUUGGAAAACUAUUUCAAACUUUAAGGCAACCUUUUCUUAGGAACGGUAUGUCUUUAACUCUUAUGAGCAAAGCUAACGAGAGUCAGUUGACAGCUAUUUCAAAGCCAAGGGUUCCAAGAAGCAGCCACAUGGCAGCAAAAACAAACAAGAAGAGAAACGUUUCCCUACCUGGAAUUAAGACGACUGGCAAAGAGAGGUACAAAAAUUGUGGUACCCAACGCAAACGAAACGAAUCCCCGGAAUACAACCGAAAACACGGUCACAAAUAGAAUCAUUUUGAAGCGUGUGUAUGGCCAAGAAGAAAGAUGAGGUUAAUCCGAGUUAAACACUUACAAGAAAGCCACGACAGCUCAGUUUCUCAAACUCUCAUUUCGUAUAUAGAGUCCUGUGUUUAUCGAUUGCUUGCAGGCUUAGCUUUUUUUGUGAACACAAUAAGCUGGAAACCAUGUUUCAAUGUCAGCUAGACUCAGGAGCGACUUGUAAUGUACUCAACUUUAUACAAUGAUGUGAAUGCUACGCGCGCUGUGAUUGGUCGUUGCCCAUGAUCUAUCAGAGUGCAGAUACAUAUAGAUGACGUCACGGGAAAGUUUGUUCAACAUGGGGCGCCAUUUUGAAAAUGUUCGUGAGAUUAUUUCGGAUUAAAGCAAGCGAAAGCCUCGAAAAAAGAUGAGCAGGAGCUAUUUACAAAGAAGAAAAAUGGAGAAACGGGGACAAAAAGAGCUCUUGAGUACUUAAAAAUCCCCAAAACUACAAGAAAUCUUCACAACAGUUGCCAUCGUGUGUCAUAGCUGCGAGAGACUCGCUGUUUUGCAAAAUGUUUUCGCCAUUAUUCUGUGUUUUGAGCAAGAAAAGAAGUUGAAAACUGAACUUUUCGAAGAAACUGUAUACAAGUAAGAUAAAGAAAAAAAGAAGAAGCAGAGACGAAAAGUAGCGCUUGGGACUUAAAAAAUGCCUAAACUAGCACAAAUCCUCGAACAGUCAAGCGGUACGAGGCAGGUAUGUGUAUCGGUCUAUUUUCUUUUCUGAUCAUUGUAUAGAUCGUAGAGGACGUCAAAAUGUGGUAAAAACAUCAGUGACACACUCGCCUGCGGCUCGUGUGCCACUUCUUUGUUUUUACCACAUUUUGACGUCAUCUGCGAUUUAUUACUGAACAGACGCACGGCAACAUGGAAUCUAUUUGUUAAAUAGAGACUUUUCGAUUAUCAAGCAAGAAAGCAACCCUCCCAUGGAAAGAGGCAAAACCUAGCUUAAGCUAUUUCACGGCUGCCUGACGCCUGUUGUCGAAGUUCUUCUGCAAGUCUCACGUGGUGGAAGCUCGCAUUUUCCGAAGUUUCAAGUCUCUAGCGAAACAAAUAAGACUUAACUGUCAUCUGCAGAAACCUUUCAAAAGUUGGAACUUCUCAAGUUACCAUCUCAGGCUGAAGUUCUUGUCGUGUAUGACAAAACAGCUCUCUUGACAGUUUAAAGUAUACGGCUAAAAGAUUAUUGGCGAUGUCUUCAAAGGUCUUGGACAUAUCGGUUCAGGUUCAGCUUUGUACUUAAUCUCUCAACAGUUCUAGCACGGCAAAGCUCUAGAUGUAGCCCUAAAGAAUGAAUGAAAGCAAAGCUGACAGAUCUAGAAAGAAACCCAAAAGUAUAGAAUGGAUCAGUAAUGUGGUAGUGGCAACCAAGCCCGGUAAAAUCCGAAUAUGCUUAGACCCUCAAGAACUGAACAAGGUAAUUCAGCGUCCUAAAUACCUAAUUCCUACACUUGAGGAACUGUUACCUAUUGUAAGCUGUCCAAAGACAGAAUCUUCAGAACGCAAAACGAGAAAGAUGGCUUUUACCAAAUCAGUCUUUACGAAGCCAUCAGCAAAUUAACAAAGUUUUGGAUGCAAUUUUCCGCUAUCGCUAUCUCCGCAUGCCCUUUGGAAGCCUUGCUCCAGAAUAUUUUAGAAAGUAACCUACAAAAGAAAAGUUCAGAGACAACAUCAUAGUUAUGGUAUUUGGCGAAAGGGAAGAGCAAGCAGUCCUUAAACCAGAUCCUGAUAAAGUGAAAGUUGUAGAGGAAAUGCCCCAGCCAAAGUGCCAGCAGGAAGCUCUAAUUCUCCUUGGUUUCAUCAAUUAACUCUCAUGGUUUCUUAGACUUGCAUAAGUAUAGCACAGCCUCUAAGAUUUAACAACUAAAGACGACACGUUCACAUGGUCUUAAUAGCAUAAAGCAGCUUUCCAGAAAAUUAAAAAGCUUGUAGUGAACCACCCCAUACUCGAGUACUAAUUGCAAUGAAGAUGUCAUCUUCCAGUGCAGUGCCAGUGAAAGAGGUUUAGGCCCAGCUCUUCCAUAGGCCGGUCAGCCGGUAGCGUUUGCUUCAAAGAAGUACACAUCAACAUAAGGAAGAUACGCUUAAAGAAAAAGAGUGCCUUGCAAUCGAGUUGCCAAUUGCAGAGUCGUUGUUAAAUUAAACCCAUUGCGUUUUGACGUUCUCGUUGCCGUGGCAGCCGUCACAUCUUAACUCCCAAAUAAAAGUGGAUAGCGUUCUUAAAACAGUCCCACAAUGCAAUUCGGGAGAAAACCAACCAUAAAGGCUCAAGCCCCCACUUCAAAAUGGCUAAUCAGACUCUCUUGCCUCGAAACUAUCCAUAUAGUUGACAAGAAUAGUGCAUACCACUAUUCGUAGGCGACCACUUUGCAAAUAACCUCAUUCUCGCGCAGUCAAAUACCGUUUAAGGUAAUUCCCUUGUUUGGCACUGCGUACACACUACUGCGCAUAAUUUUGCGACUUCCAACAUGACGGCGGUUCUUCUCGCUAGCACAAAAAGAGCAAAGCAAACAGGAACCGCAUUUACAGAGCUUAAACUUUUAUUCGCAAUAAUAAUGCUGCAGAUCGGCAGACAGCUUCCUGGUCUGCUAUCGAAAAACAAGAAAAUGAAAAAAAUGUGCGUGAUCCCGAAGUCUGCAGUGGCUUUUCACUUCGCGGCCGUCGAGUUGUGGAAUUAAAGUAUAAAUAUCCUGGCUGAGGCUUUGGAUGGGGGCUGUAAAGCCUGUGGGGCAGCUAUACGGCUCUCCAACAGCAUUAACUAGACUGUGUCUGGCCUAGGAUUGCUACUGUACAUAUGUUGUUCGGACUCCGAGAGUGGAGAGACGAAUGUAUUUGUCGAACAAAUGAGAACCACCGGUAGCACCGGAACCACACGUCUUUGACGAAGUUUGCUGCUGAAUUCACAUUUUGCUGUAUAUACAAACCAAACAAGAGAACAUAUGGAGAAUAGGAAUUAGUUGUCUUUUCUUCAGGAUUAUUGCGUAAAAGAAAAAACAAAACGGACUCUAUCUCACUGGAACACAGAACACCAGCGCUACAAUAUAGUCCAAAAUAAAAAUUCAUAACCCCAAAAUCUCACAAAACCUUGAUUUACCUCAUUCCUUGGUAUUUGUUGUACUCCUUCUGUGUUGGCGAUAUCGAACCGAUAAAAAGAAUCGAAAACAAGCUGGAUCUCGAGUGCAUACUUCGAAUACGAUGGGCGCUAUUUUGUAUCUCGUCCCAGUCCGCGCCGCGCAAAUUCUAUAUCCUGACUACGAUCUCUAAACCAUGUCCACCUUUCACGGCAGUUUGUGAGGAAACAAGCACCGUGACCCCCGACUUUCUUUUCAGUUAUUUGCUAAGAACAGUCUACUAAAGAACAUAUUUGAAAAACAAAAAAAGUUUGAUUGUAGAACAUGACUUUUUGGGGGAAAAUGGUUCCGUACUUGGUGUAUUUGGGCCAAGGCGAGGACUUCAAGCUAACCACGGAACUUUCCCGAAAAAGUGCAAUAUCUCCACAGCUAUGCAAUAAAAAACGGCUUAAAUCAAGCAAUCCCGCUUAUUUGAAUAAAAGAAGCUUUAUUUUCAAGAUAAAAUUUCGUGUGUUUCAAGUAACAAAGACUUAAUUCUGUAUGAAGGUGAUUCGAAUUUUUAACACGCAACCGAUAAAAAUAACCCAGUUUAAGAGCCUGCUGGCGCGUAAACAAGCACGGUGACUCCAUAUUUUUAUUGCAUUUUUUUACUGUUCAUGUCAUGAAUGUUGAUUAUGCGAAGUUUCAAAAAAAAGGUUGAUAGUAGAGCAAUUUCACUCCCCAAAUUUCAUAAGCAAACGGUUUCCCUGUUUUCUGGAGGGAAUCCUGUUUUUCACUUAGAUAUAUAAAAUUGUAAUUGUAAUUAUACUAGAAAUUAGUGUGGAGUUGUUUAUCAAAAUUAGUGAACACCUACACGAACAAAACUCGCAGAUUCAAGCCAAUAAUAAAUAAGCAACUGGUAUGUUAUGCCCGAUUUAUAUGUUUCUCUUAAGAGAGCUUGAUACAUUUCCUUCAAUUCAAGUAGUUAAUAAAGAGUGGCUGCUCAGUUUAUAAAGCAGUAGAUAAUAAACUCUUAAUGACUGGUUCGAGAGAAACAGUUAAUUUGUUUCCCCAGUAUCCGCCUCGAGAAACAUCGAGAUUCGAGGGAAACAAAAUUAACUGUUUCCCAAGGGAGAAGUCUUUAAGUGAUUUGUUAUACAGCAGGAAAUCCUCGCUGUAACAACGGUCGACAAUCGCGGGUAACAGUGCACUGUUACCCACUGACGUCAUAGAUUUUUGGCGGGUAACAGUUUCAUUGUUGGAUGUCAUGUGACCUCGAAGUAACCAAUGAGAGCGCGCACUGUUGGGGAAACAUUUCCAGUUAUAUAACAAUUAUAAUUAGUGGAUUCAUUUCGUUUGUGGCGUGUUUUCUUGCUUUUCUGGCAAAUGACCAUCUCCCUUCAGCGAACACUUUCUCCCGAACCAAAGGUGGUGGGUCAACAGAGAGUUGACAGUACACUCAUUAUCUUUUUAAACACAGGAUCUUGUUACAUAUCACAUGACGUCAAGCUUAGAGAUCCAGGGAUCGUGUAUCGACAACAAUCAUUCACACUUCUUGCUUGUGGACGAUGGCACUGAAGGAGAAUACGGAGGAGAGAUCGCAUUCCGUGCAAGGUUUCAAAACUGCUUGGCAAAUAAAGAGAUUUCCAAAAGUAAUUAUCUAAAAGGUUCAGUUUUUUUCUAAUAGUCUUUAACGUAAUCGAAGUGGAACGUCACCCCAAAACAGUCGUUUGGAUAGGUUUUAUAUAAUGCCUGGUGGUCGUUUUCCUUUAGUUCAAUAUACUGCUCUCUCACAAGCCCAUGUAAGCAAUUGAGAGCUUCUACCGCGUACAUGAAUUUGAGAUUCAUUUUGGGGUUAUUGUUUCUAACUUUCGCCCCCUCAAUGAGAACGAGACUCAAUCCCUCUUUCAAACGUCUGUCAAGAAUUCCUGUAUGCUGCAAAGGCCCACGUCACUUGUUGCCAGCUGCCGAGAUGGUUUCCUUCCUCUCAUAUUACAGGGAUUGUGAAUACAUUGUUAUAAACGUCUACGUUGCUGAUGGAUAACUAAUAAGAUAGAGCUGCAUUUGGAAGAGCUGCGCCAAUGAUACGCGAAUUUUGCAGAAGAAAGGGGAAAGGCCUGAAGUUAGCGACUACUACUACUACCAUUACCACUUUCUUUUUUUUAUUUUCGCUUUUUUAGAAGAAUAACUACGUCCUUUUUCUUUUUAAAACUGCAGGAUACAACAAUUUAGAUGAAAAUUCUCAGAACGACAGGCCAAAUGGUAUUCCUGUGGUAUUGCUUGUCCUUGAGGGAGGUCUGAACACUAUUAGCACAAUGUUAGAGUCAGUGACAAGCACUCCUGCCGUGCCUGUCGUCAUUGUGGAUGGUAGCGGCAGAGCUGCUGAUAUUUUAGCUUAUGCUUACUCACUGUUUAUUGAAUAUGAAGGGUUCGUAUUCGUUCUCAUAAUGUUUUUCUUUUUAUGUCUAUAAGGUAUGGCAGUUGCGUUAACCGGUCAUUGUUGGACUGUACAUUUACUCAAACCAAAUUUUUGUGUUAUCAAAAUUUUUCUUAAGCUUGGAUAUACCUUGAAAUCAUGCCACUAAAGAUUUGGUGGCAGUCAUGUUUUCAGAAUCUUAACACUAUGAGUUUCUUUGAGGGAGGAAUCAUCUAAAAGCUCUUGCAAAAAGGCAAAACACAUUUUAACACUUUACAUGGUUUUGCUAUGUUCACAGGUUUGAUAUGAAGCACUUUCUUCAGGUUGCAGAGCACGAAAUACUUGAAAUGAGAAUUAAAAAAGCCUUCCCUGGUCUCUCUGAAACGGAAUUGUCUAAGUGUUACUCCAAUGUACUUGAAUGUGUGAAGAAAAGUCCGUAUGUAAGUUGAGAAAACGAGCAAUUCAAUUUUUUUUUUGCCUUUUUUGUGCAUCUCAUACAAAUGUAAUGAUUUGUGCUGGGUAUUUCAGCCCAGAUUUGUGUUACGGUUAUUAAACUUUUUCAGAGAAAGUUGACGUUUGAGAGAAAAGUAUAAAAAGAAGAAGUCCCACUUAGUUAAUUAGCUGUUCAACGUCCUUCCUACAGAUCACAAUAUGCCAUAUGGACGACGAUGGUAUCGACAUCGACAAGUCGAUUUUAAAAGCUAUUUUGAAAGGUUUGAAAGCACUUUUUUAAGCAGUUAUUUACAGUGUAUGGCAGUAGGCAGGCUAUUCCAUUUUCAGAUAUACGGGAAUACCAAUGGCAUUAAAUGCUGUUGUCUAUAAUCAUCUUAGAUGCAAUGUAUUCUGAUAAGUGUAGACUGAUGUGUUGUUAUUUAAAUACAUAACAAAGGGGAACAAGUUAUAAAAUCCGCAGCGCCGCUUAUCGCCAGCGAAAAGUCGUUAAUUUUGUAAAUUUCGUAGCAGAGUUCAAUCCUGGACAUAAGUGAGACGUUUGCCCUAUCAUUUUCUUCGUGGUCAUUAGCUAGAUAAGGUAACAAAUAAACCCCUGAAAAAAGAUUAAUUCGCUGUCCUACAGUUAUUUCAGUGUUGAAAGAAAAAAAUAGAUGAGGCUAUAAUACGCACGUUUGCAUUUGCAGCACAAAUUGCUUUGCCUUCAUACCAGCUUGAUUUGGCCUUGACGUGGAACCGAGCUGAUAUUGCUAGAACUGAGAUCUUUACCAAAGGCCGAAAGUGGAAGGUAUGGGUGUAAUCGUGCAAGUUGACAGUUGUUGCAUUACAUUUUUGUACUUGACCAGGUGAGCGCUCAGUAAUUAUAAUUGAUAGGGAACCGAAAAGCACAGUGGGAGGCUUAGAUACAAAUGUAAGCUCGGUAAUUAAAGUUUAUUUUGUAGUUGACAAGGACCGGAGGAAUUAAGCGUUAGACUUGUCUCCUUGAAAAUUAAAACACGAAAUGCAAGUUAAUCUUACAGCUAAAAUAGCGUACUUUUUGCCCAAAAUUUCGGUCAGUCAGAACUGAAUUAUAAUCAGAGCUGCGAAAUGCUGAUGAAGGUUAGUUUUGUCACGAGUCCAAUCUGAGUAUCGAGAAGUAAAAUUAAUCCCUCUUUAGCUGAUCCCCAGGAAGAGAAGGAACAUUUCUCUUGGUGGUGACAGUAACUUUCAAGCAGAGCAAAUAAAGAAAAGUUACAAACACCUGUACAAAUGUAAGAAAAUAGCGGAAAACUAUUAAUAGACUUCAAUAACCGUCUUUCAGGGAAAGCUCUACAGUCCAAAUUAAACCAAAGAAUGGCGGCCGCUAGCGCUCUUCCUAAAGAUAAUAACCUCGCCGCUUUCAGAGCAACAGUGCAAUCUACAGUUUUCCUUGUCAAGGGGCACAGAGUGCAGGUUUGCGGUAAACCUGUAGUGAAGCGGAGAGCAAUUCAAAGCUCUUGGCAUUUAUGCACCUACGUUGUAAAACAAAUUAGGCCACUUUCAGUCUGUAAAUAAACAGGCAAGGGAUUUAAAAUGACCUAGAACAAUUACAAAUUGGCAAUAUACGUUCUUCCGCGUAAGAUUUAGUUAAGUUCUUGUUUUGGCAAUGUCAAACAUAAAGAUGGGCUCUUACCACUCGUUUUAUCAGUGAACUGAUAUCCAUACCAUUUUUUAAAGAGAAUUAUUCUUUAACUUUGUUUUCGUCGAAAGGUGUCUGAAUUAAGUCCCUCCGGAAUUUGAGCUAGAUUAGUUACAUCUGGAACAUCACAAUGGCAGCGUUUCAGUCAUGUGGAACCUUAUAUUAACAAAUAUCAUUUUUCAUCAAACCGUUCAAUUCAAAGAAACGAGGGUUCUAGAGCCAAUCUUUUUAUUUUUUGAAAAAUUUUGCUAACUAAAUCAUCAGCAUCUUUUUUUUUUUUGGUUUUGAAUAAUCAUAAGGCAAAAAGAUGUUUUUCAUGGUUAUUAUUUGAGGUUUGAACCGCAACCUGCGACCUCGGCUCGGCAGGCCGUCCCUUAGCUUGUCCAGUUACGACAGUUAAGUUAACAGGGCGGCUGGGAAAAUUUAGCGCAGUGAUAUAUUUACUCCUAUGUUGAUAGCCCAACCGAAAAAACAAAACAUAUAUACAAAAUUAUUGUUGCUUCGCAAAUGCAAAGUACUCUCCAUGACGUCUCCAACAGUGGCCUGUUAUUUAUCUGGCACUCGACAAGUUUGUUUUGACAAAUACUUGCUCCGAUAGCCGGACAAAUUGUUAAAUGCUAAAGAUCCAUCUUCAGACUAAUUCACUAAAAUGGAAGCCCAGUCUUUCGGCGUGUGGAAUACAAGUGACGUCCAGUUUUUGAUGGAACAUAGUUAAACCAUAUCGAUCUCUUAGUUAAAUUAAGGUUGCAUUCUAGUUUAUCUUGAUCAUUUGUUUUGUGCUGGCUUAUCCAACAGAUGGAGACCUUGGAAGAUAAGAUGGAGGACGCUUUAAUCAGCAAUCGUGUGGAAUUUGUAGAUCUUCUUUUAGAAAAAGGUGUCAGUAUGAGGAAGUUGCUGACUACAGAUCGGUUAAAUAACCUUUUCAAGGCAGUGACCGUAAGUACAACACAUGAUGACGUAAGACCAACUUAGAUAUUCGUACAUCAUAUAAGACUAGACUGUAUAGCAAUCGGUUUAUUUCUCUUCAUUAAUUCCAAAUCAUUGCUGUUCAGGUACGAAGCGCGAGAACAAAGCGCCCAAAUGGCAUAUCACUUUCCCGUUUUGACGUUACUAUUGGCCAUUGCUUAUGUUAGUCGUACAGGGAUGGGUUGGUGGUUGCCACAAAAGGAAGUGCAAUCGAGAAAACUUGGGGAAAGAAGCGUUUGAAUCUACUUUCGGAAACGCUCUAACACAACACUUCAAUACAGCCGUACUAUUAAUUGGUCAUGAAGGAAAGUACUCAGUCCGUUCUCGUCAAAUGCCAAACCCUUCAAGUGGCUGUGCAGCCGUCUCGUGACAUAUUGAAACUGAUAUUAUACACCACUAAUGACUUAAUUAGAAAAAAUACUCCUAAGGGCCUUGAAACUCAUAAACCUAGUAGUCUCAGCUGGUAGUCUAAACGGAAGUCCACGUAAUGAAGUAGAUGCUACUUUUUCCUUAGAGGCGUGAUCAACGGCCACUUGCCAUCAACUAGAGGCUAUAUCUAUUGUAGAAAAUCAUAUCGAGUCGCUAAAAAUCUCAUUAGCUUGAGAAAGGGUAAAGGAUCCUUCACUGUUGCUGCCAUUCGGUUAACGGAAAUAAAGACAAAAGUUUUGACUACUGACUACUGAGGAAGACCAAGAGCCUUUCUAUUUUUUCACCCUCCCCUGCUGGAGUUGUUAUGCUAACGUCCCUUUCAAUUUCAUCCUGCUUGUAUGUAGAGCUGCGACGGAGCCGCUAUCCGGUCGAGGAGCCAUUACUCGUCUUAACUUAGUAGGGACCUUACAAAACUACGACGGCGACGGCGAGGUCAAAUUGCAAUAGGUUUAGUUAGCGAACCAUCAACUCUGCACGUGCAUCACGCUUUUUUGUACAUUUCUUUGCCGUCCCUGCACGACUACGACGUGAAAUGACCAAAUUUUAAGUUGUUUUGAGGACGGGACAGGCAAGGCGAUAAAUUCUACCAUCCCUGUUUGAACUUGGGGGCGGCCUAGUCUCUUCAGCUCCAACAUAAAUUCCCUUCUUUUAAGUAACUGGGCGACUUGGGAUAAUCUUGAAAUGGUUUGAAAGGAUGUGGAGUCUAUUUUUCAGUUUUCGUGGACGUCGCCGUUGCCUGAUCGUAAGGUCCCUUGUUUCACCGCUGUACCGUGGUCCUUAUCUUGAGGAGAGAAGACAUGUUAGCAAUUAUAGAGCAACUCCCUAGCUAUUAGCUCUAGCUUUGUCAGGAGGACUAUCACUAUCCACCUUACAAAGCUCAAAAGAAACAACACUAAAACGGGCUUAAACAAAUCAACCACAGAGUCGGUGGCCGAGUUACACGUGUAAAACAUGUAAGGGACUACUCUAAACAAUCCACUUAAACAACCACUAGCGUACUUCCGACUAAAAUACCUUCCUUUCCAAAUGUUAAUUGAGUCAGGUUUCAAACAAACAUAAGCUAACCAAAUAAGGAAGAAAUUACUAAAUUUUAUUUAAAAGCAGUAGUGGAGUAAUUGAGCUAUUCUAAUAAUUCAUCUCUAAUAACUCCAAUUAUUAAAAACUGAAUCAUUGGGUAAUGCAAUUCUAGCAUUUUGAUUGGCUUAGGCGUUAUGGUAUAUGAGCUAUUAUACCAUGCUCUCCAUAUAUGGUCGGUGUAAGCGUCAGUUUAUAAUUGGAAGGUAGCUGAGAUUUUUUUUCGCGAAGGAUAGAACGGCGCCCGAAGCAAAUCGUUUUAAUUCAUUUCUUAGAAUACUAGAAAUGCAAUUUCAACGAACGAAAAAAGACAAAAACAAACAAAAAAGCCACAAGAGCUUGUUUGAAAGUUUGUCGAAAAACACAUGGAAACACAUGGAACUAAAGUACCUUGACCAGCUACGAAAGAAGACAAGUGUUGUUUCUUCAUGAUCGCGAAGCCAUUCGCCGAUCGAGUCACUCGCCGAUAGAUACCUGCGGCUUGUUUAUCCGACAUCAAGAAUAUAAAUCACAAGUAACCAGCUACAAAUACAGGCUAUGCAGCCAUUCACUAGAGCAAUCGAGACGGCAGUAUAGCUUCUUUUCUCCUUCAGCAAAACCAGCUUGUGGCUUCAAACAACUUCAUAACAAGCGACCGAGGUAAUAGUUUUCCACCGUUGUUCUUACUUUUAUAACUGCACCGAAAAUCCAAAUUCACAGUAAUUUCGACGGCUGUCACCUAGAAAUUCUUUUCCUUCACAUUAUCUGCCAGGUUUUUUUAGCUGUUCUGCUGUGUAAAAUCCUAGAAUCCCGAUGAGUUUUUAAAAAACUAAUGUUCAUCGCUACAAUGUUUUGAUUUUUCAUUCAUGCAGCCCAGCCGAGUCCGUUCGCGCGUUGACAGUUUUGAUAGACGUGUGACAUGUGAAUAGCGGAAGUCCCUUGUCUUUUCCGGUUUGUUCUAGUCGGGGAGAUUCAACGAGAUUUUGUGGGUGUUUUUAAUAAAACAAUUAUUGCACUCGCGCUUGUUGGAUAUGAGAUGAUUAUAGCCAACUCGGCGCUACGCGCCUCGUUGGCUAUCUAUCAUCUCAUAUCCAAGGCGCCCUCGUGGAAUAAUUGUUAAAUAGUUUAGCGUUUCGUUCCGACGCAGCAACACAGCCUCAGUAAAAAUUAAACCCUCCAUUAUUUUAAACAUUGAAUUCUCUGAACAUUCCAAUCGUAUUUCUGUGUUUCCGCUCUAGAGGAAAGGAUUACCAUCAAGGGUCGUUCUUGAACAACUCAUUGUAAAAGGGAAGGUAACAGACUUAGUGUUUCAACAUAGACCCUAACAUGUAUUUAAGAUUAACUCUGGCAUUAAUUAAUAUAAUAAACUGUCACUUGUAUAAGAGAAUGCUAUUCGUUGCAGAUUGACCACGAAGGCUUCAACUUUUUAGAUGUAAUAGAAGCCUUAUGGCCACAUUUAUGGGCUACUCACCAGGAAGACGACGACAUGUAUCAUGUGGUAGGAACUCAACUCCUGCAAUGAUUCGUUCAAUAGACAAUAAAAUUCAAUUCCCUAAAUCUUUGUGCGAAUAAAGUAUACGUAAGUUCUGCAAUUACAUAAACUGUACAAUAAAAUUACAAAGAGGAAACAAUAAAUUCUAGUCAAAGCUACGAGCCUUUCUCUAAACUUCUGGUCAUUAUAAGGUUUUUCUCCCGUCUUUCGGCCAUUAGGGAGCUUAAACUAAGUCGACGGCGACGUUUACGAGGACAUCAAAAAACCAAUAGGUUUAACCACAACUUUGCACGUGCAUCAUGCUUUUUGAUAAUUUUUUGCCGUCACUGCACAACUAAGACGUGAAAGUGCCCACUUCCACAUUUUUAGGAGGGCGAAACUGCACAACAUAACGACUUUCUUUUCCGUUUCCUUAAUUUCGAUAUGGGCUUUAGGAUGUAACUUAAGAAAACGUUACUAACAUUUGACGAAGUGAGCGAGAUGGAAUAAGCGCGAUAAAUUUUGAAGCAGCGCGAAUGCACUUUAAAGUGACGUUUUCGUAGCCAUCGUCGUCAUUGUUGCCUGAGCUCCUAAUUUUUUGAGCGGGCGCAGGAAUUUGACGGGGAGUAAAAUUUCGUCACGUCGCUUACGAAGUUUGAUUGGUCAGUUAAUUAGCUUUUCUUCUCGUUCCAAAUAUAGUACUUGCGAACUAUGAAUAUUUACGAGCACAGAUUAGAGUUACAUGUUUCCAGCCCUUAUGAGUUUCUCUUAGCUAUCUAGAGCAGCACAGAUCACCACCCUCUGUGAAACGAAACUAAGAACACUACCCCGACCACGAGUGGGUGUUUUACUAACUCCUAAGAGAAAGGCCCGUAACCACCUCUCCCAUAACCAUCCCGUCACAACUAACUACCCAUGGCUCUCCAAGAUGUCGAAAUACUUGUGAACUCCCACGCCUCUUCCUUCAUAGAGACGAAACACUACCCUCAAGAGUACAACGAGAAAUAAUUUCAAUAUUUCCCGACAAAGCCAACAAGGGAAAAUCAUUGUAUGUUCUAUUUACCGUAUACUCAGUCUAAAGGGCUUCAAUGUUUUGCCAUUUUGCAAAUCAUUGACAUGUACGGUUCAGUUUAUAACAAAGUUCAAAUUCUAGGAUGCUUCUCAAAUGAACCUUGUUCAAUUUUCGAGUCUUCUAAGUUCUGUGAUGAUGAUGAUGAUGAUGAUAAACUUUAUUUCAGUGUCAGGUCUUCUAGCUGGCCAUGUAAGGCCUACUAAUAAGGGACACUAAAUUAAAAUACUAUCAGCUCUAACUAAUUAAUAUAUAUAAAAAGUAUACAUAUUUAUUAUAUAGACACGAGUGUUUUAAUGGAAAAUAUACCACUCGUAGAGUGGUAGAGAAGAUGGUAAUUAAUUCGCCUCUUUUAGAGAAAACGCAUAGAAGACGACCCUUACGAGGCAUUGCUUUUGUGGUCCGUACGCAGCAACAUGCAGAAAAUGGCCCUUUUUAUGUGGGAGCGAGGGGAAAAGAAUCUGGCGCGUGCUCUCAUAGCAGGAAAGGUGUACAAGCUGAUGGCAAAGUUGACACACCGCGAUGACGCAAAGGCGGAUGUCACUGACGAACUCACAGCGAAUUUCGAGUAAGUGUUGCGAAUAUAACCUUGACAUUUAGAGUCCGCUGAUAACUAAUAAUAAUAAUAAUAAUAACAAUCAUAUUAACAGUAAUAAUUGAGGCAGGCUCUAAUGUUUUCCAUCUGUAAAUCUGUGUCAACAAGGUCUAGCUGUCCUCUUCUGGAUCUUGAACCUCUCAAGAAUAGUAUCGCAGAGCGUACGAUGGCGAAAGAGACUUUAGUUCUUAUCUAGGAAAUUGCGGUUUAGUAACUUUCUGCCUAAUUAUUUGCGAUCAGCUCCGCAAGUCUGUUGUGGUACUUAACACACUCAUCCACCAUUCCACCUGUGGUCGUGAAAACUAGGGGAGUGAACGUUCCCCGUUCGAUCUCCAUUACUUUUUCCGCAUACUACCUCUUCUUCUCGUUCUCAUGCUUCUUGUAGAUCUCCUUAGGAGUCAAGUCUCUGUAAGAGUCUGCAUUAGGGUGACACACCCGAACAUCGAAGAAGGCAGAUCUCUGUCUCUCCCAAAAAGCCUCGAGCAUGAAUAUCCAAACGGGCAUCAGGGGCUUUAUUAGCGCCAUGAUUUAAUGUCUCCCCAGUGACCUCCUGAAGGACGGUUAGCAUUAGAUAACAUCGAGUGAAGCAAGAUUGGACACCUUAUGAAUUUUACACAGCGCAUUAUUUUCAUAAUGGAACGAGACUGGAAUGUAGAAAGAGGCUAGAAUAGCUGAAAAAAACAAAACUACAGAGCACCAGUUAUGGAGAGAACACGGUAGAGAGUUAAGCACAGAUCUGCAGUGAUUAGGGUUAAGCACUGAACUGAAAACGGUUAGCUUUCAAAUAUUGUAAUGGGGUACGGCAUAUAUAAGAACAUGUAUAUUUUAAAAAUUACUGGAUUUGGCAGCUAGUCGUCGAUGGUGUAGUGGAUAUGGAUGUAGGCUAUAAAGCAAGUGACCCGGGUUCAAAGCAUCACACUGGAGUUUUUCUAUUUCACUUUUAUAUUACACAGUAAAGUUGGACUUAAGUUGUUCUUAUAUUCUAAUUCGCUACCCCGCUCAAACGAAUAUAAAACAUUUAUCAUGUAACAAGCAACCUCAAUUGGGGUGUGUCAACACGAGCCGUGUGCGACCCUCUUUAUUAUGCCUUCAUCAACAGAAUGGAUGGAAAUAAUACAACAAACAGAAUGAAAACUCGGAAAUGUAAAAAAUUACAGCAAGAAAAACAACCCAACAAAAUGGUCUAAACUAUGCUCGUAUAACAAUCAUUCAGUAAACAUACAAAACGUGCUAAACCUUUCAUAUAGCAGCAUGCAAAAAACUACGUCUAAGAGAAACCCCUGAUCACUGGGUAUUUAAUUUUGAGGGCGUGGGGACGGUCGUAAGACGCGAAUGAAUAUAAAUGAGAACAACUCAAAUAUAUAUAGCCUACCGUUAAUGAAGCAACAGAACAGCUUACCAUGUAACACCCCAAAGAAAAGGUUUCAUAACCCAUGAUAAAUACAUUUAUAUUCUAAUUCGCUACCCCGCUCAAACGAAUAUAAAACAUUUAUCAUGUAACAAGCAACCUCAAUUGGGGUGUGUCAACACGAGCCGUGUGCGAACUAAAAGAACCGGAAAUACGGAAAAUUAAAUACCCAGUGAUAACGAAACCGACAACAAUGAAUGAACACUAUCCUUAAUGUAACCGUCUUUUGCCUUGUCUGAUUUCCAACGGCCGUGUCUUUUAAACAAUCUGUCAGGCACUCGAGCAUUAGCAGCAGCGGAGGCACCUCCGGCCCUAAGGCUAUGGAGACCGUAGUCUUGCUUGGGAAGGCCGAUGGAAUCGAAAGCGCUAAGCACUAUCUCCCGCUCUCUAGUAUAAGACAAAGGAACAGACCCGCGCAAUUUAUAAGCUCCGGUACUGCGAAGAAAAACAAGAGGACGAAAAAUGAACUCUUCGCUGUCUGCUGAAAAAGAAGCGGCCACAAAAUAUCGUUGAACUAAUAAAUAAGGACAUGUAUGCUUGAAAGUUUUAGCGAUAACAACCCAAGCCCCAUCCCUGUAAACGUCAGUCUUACUUCGAUGAACAAAGAUUCUCAUAAAAGAAUCUUCAAACUGAAAAUCACACCUGCGUAACUGAACCAACUCGUUAAAGCGAAAAAACCCUGCAUAACCUAAAACGCACAAAGUAAGCACUCGUAAAUCAGACAAACUAGCUGAAGACGAUCCAUACUUAGAAAAUAAAAGCUGAAUAGCCUCGGGGGUCACAGGCUCUUUCUUUUUAACAAGGAUACUGAGAAGCUUCUUAGCAGAUUCUAUUAAAGGUAAAACUAACGAGGAAUUACAGGGGUCGGGUAGACCUGCCAAAUCAUGUACCCACUUGAGCCCAUAAUGGACUUCGUCAAUAGUACUGCAAGAAGCAGAUUCUUGAAUCAAGCUAAGAAAGAACAAUGAAACGUGCACACUAGAAGGGGGAAAUAUAACAAUUUCUUUAAACUGAGAAGCCCAUUUUCUCCACGUAUUGAAGCCCUUUUCGUACUUCCUCGCGGUACUGUCGGCUUUGGAUUUAAGAAGAACUGCGGGGAGAUCUUGAACCAGUGCCCGGAGUCGCCCGUCUUCAACCUGUUGAAAAUUAGGCUGCAAGGCAUCUUUGAGAACUUCUACGAGGAUAAGAACAAAAAUAUAUGGCAAAAUUCCUCAAUACACGCACUGGGAGUCAAUACAGCAAUAAAAAACGGACGCUUGGUAAUGCCUCUGACCGGAUGCAAAACUAUUUAAGGCCGAAUGGGCCAACUCAAAAACCACGGUAAACAAGCCACUCGGCGAGCUAGUUUCAUGCGAAACGAGGACAAAUGAACCGACGAGCGGAAUAAAAAAAAAACACGUGGGCCAACAUAAAGCCACUCGGCUUGAAAAAACUAAGGCCCCUUAGCGCCAAUUCUGACUGCCAGCACCGCGCUGUUAAACCUGUCUGAACCAAUGAGUGAAUCUUUGUAACACUCGAGGGCAAAAAUCCCUGAGGGAUCGGGAAAAUGAAUGUACUCAAGGAUGUACGGUUGAAAUUGAAUUGCAUUUGCGAACAAGAAAGGCCAAAACACAUUAGACGGCCAAUAAGGGACGACUAAAGUACCAACCGCACCGCAUACAAGGAAAUGCUGAACCGCCCUAGUAAUGCAGUGGACGGGAGGGACUAGCCAAUUUUUCUCUCCAUUCCACGAGAUUGAAAAUACGUCAACAGCUUCAGUGCCGGGUACGCGAAACCUAGAAUUGAAUCUGGGAAGAUGGGCGUUGGCAGCAUUCGCAAACCUGUCGACUGUAUGUGGGCCCCAAAGGCGGUCCAAGUGUGCGAAGAACUCGGGGGUUGUAUACCAGUCAUCGAAGUCUACAAUGUGGCUAAUCGCAUCAGCACAAGCAUUAAGUUCCCUGGGAACCCACUGGGGAAUAAGUGUAAUAUUGUAAGUUCGACAAAAAUAGAAAAUAUCAAGCGCAAUAGAAUGCAAUUCUGCACUAGGACUCCCUAUCUCCACAACACGAACGGCCCCUUGGCUGUCAGAAUGCCACUUUACACACUUACCCCGAACCGAGGCUUUGAACGCACUUAAGGCGAAUUGUAUAGCCUUAAGUUCUCUCCAGGUAGGGCUCUUAGCUGCUUCGCAAGCAGUCCACAUACGAUGGGACACCUCAUUAGAGCCCACAACAAAAGCCCCGCAGGCGACGUUGCUAGCGUCCGAAUAGCUAAACAAAAGGGGAGCAUUAUAAGGCAAAAUAGGUCUCGUAUUAAGACUAACGAUAUUGUUUUUCCAGAAAAAUAUUUCAGAGAGGCAAUCAUUAUGAAGCCCGAUAUUAAAACGGGAAUCCCAACUACGGCGGGAUUCUAUGACCUUGUAAAGGAAA